AUGGAGAUCCAGGUCUCUGAUCUGAACUACUCGGCAACAGUUUGGGAUGUCAAGCGUGGCUUCGCCCAAGCAUUGCAUUCGGAACUCUUCUACAAUCCGAACGCGCACAAGUCACGGCGUGUGAAUUUCAGGGUCCAGUUCAAGAAAGAGGGCGGCCCGGGCAGUUUGUCCAACGAUGGAACCGCGACGCUCAUCGUCCCAGACAGGAAGCUCGGAGACGACUUCCUGCGGUGGGCAUUUAAAAGGGGUAAUAACGUGAGAGUCGACGGCAGGAGAGUCUGGCUCCGUGCAAACGACAAGCGGCCCUCUCGGGCGAUGGUAGAGUCACUCUUGAAGACGCCCUACAUCGAUCCGACGCUCGAGGAGGAACGCGCGGUGUUGGUUGGUCGCAUCGGCCAAAUCGGUAUUGUUUUGGAUGCGAUACAGUUUGGCGUGUACUACCGCCGCCCGGACGACCCUCCGGAGGCAAAUAGGCGCUUCUCGAACGAGUACGAGAUACGCCGGACGGACACCUUCGCUGGGAAGCUUUGCUUUGAUUAUAACCACAAGCUCCUGCGCAUCGAGAUGGGCAACAGCGUCACGGAAUACAACUCAACCCACAUCGUCACCGACACCGACAACAUCAAGAAGGUCGCAUACGGGGUCAAUGCCGCGGGGCAGUACUACGUUUGCUUCGACCUGUACUGUCCUCCACGAUUCGAGCGGCAGCAGAUGUACCGCACAUAUACAGGGGAGUACCAGAAGGACAACAAGGGCUUCCGAGAACGCUUGACGUUUCUCGACAAACCGCACCAAUCCGUUGGACCAUUCGCGUUCCAACUCCGUGUCGUCUUGAACGACCCGAGCGCAAGGAAGGACCUCAAGACCCUCUGCUACGAGGCGGGAGUCCGCUCGUCCGGCAAGGUGCAGAUCGACACCGACGUCUGCGGGUUCUACAGGCCCGAGACGAUGCGAGCCGUGCGAUCGUGGAUCAUGCGCUUCGAGUGGCCGGUCGCCUUUCAGCUCGAAGCGCUGCUCCGCAACGGCCUCCUGAACACGGGCGACAUGCUCGACUUACGGACCGACGUCGAGGAGCUCCACCAGGAGGACCCAGACUUCGCCGCUGAUGCGCUGCGGCACUUCUUCGAGAAGCUGCAGUCGAAGCAGCGCAGCGAGACCGUCGUGGAGUGCUUCAAGAAUACGCUGGCGAAGGAUCGCGAAGUGCAGGAGUCGCUGUCGGGCGAGGAUGCCGACGUGCCCGAGAGCAAGGGGACGCUCAAGUGCUUCCACGUCAUCGUGACGCCUACGAGAAUACUCUUGGAGGGACCGUACGACACGCAGUCGAACCGCGUCGUCCGGAAGUACCACGACUACCGGGAGAAUUUUGUCCGAGUCGAAUUCCGCGACGAAAAUAGGAUGGCUUUCCGGUGGCCGAAAGAGGUCAACUCGGCAUCUCUGAUCGAGGAGAGGUUCGGGACUAUCCUCAAAGAGGGCCUCGAGAUCGCAGGCCGCCGAUUCCGAUUCCUCGGGUACUCCAACUCGGGACUCCGCGAGCACACGACGUGGUUCAUGAGCGAUUUCGAGCACCCUGACGAGGGCCUCCUGACCCCCGACCGGAUCCGGGACAGCCUGGGCAACUUCUCCAACGUCAACACGAUUCCCUCCAAAUAUGCUGCGCGUAUAGCACAGGCAUUCAGCGGCACCGACCCAUCUGUGCGCAUCCGCAGGGACCAGUGGGAUGACCAGCUCGCGGACCUGGGAAAGAAGCCGUUUUGGCACACCGAUGGCCAGGGUACGAUCUCGGUUGGUCUGCGCGACGAAAUCUGGGAUGUGCUCGUGAAAGCGCAGCCUGACAAGGCGAAGCUUACGCUCAAACCCUCAGCGUAUCAAAUUCGUUUUCUCGGGUUCAAAGGCAUCGUGGUGGUCGACGAGACGCUCGAGGGCGUGUAUAUGCGCCUCCGACCAACAAUGAACAAGUUCAAGGCGCACGCGGACGACGAGGCCGACGCGGAGAUAGAGAUCGCGAAGGCCUUCAUCUACCCCGGCACCGCAAGGCUCUGUCGACCGCUCAUCAUGGUCCUCGAGGACCUCGGCGUCCGUAAGGAGGCCAUGCUCGAGCUCCAGAACCUCGCGAAGGCGGUAGUCGUGACCGCGAGCGACUCCAUGGGAGAGACGAUUAACCUGCUCAGGAAGCACGCCCUUGGGGACUCAUUCGGUCUGCGCCAUAUUCUGGAACACCUGAGGCGCGCGGGGAUGUGUAUGCGCCGCGAGGCCGGCUCCCCAGAUGUGAUGGACAACGACUUCAUCCUCCAGCUCGUGAAGUACGCGCAGCACCACAUCCUGCACGAGAUCAAGCACGACGCGCGUAUCCCGAUCCCGAACGCACACCAGCUUGUCGGGGUGGCAGACGAGGGGCCCGCAUAUAUGCAGCGGGAGGAGUACAAGGACAAGGAGGUGUUUUGUCUCGGGAUGGGCGAGAUUUUUGCGUGCGUUGAACAGCCCGACGGCGGUGAACCGCUGUAUGUUAAAGGCCAAGUGACGAUCUCGCGGUCCCCCCACAUUCAUCCCGGAGAUGUCCAGCGCGUAAGGGCUAUUGGGAAACCACCGGAUGACAAGCUCUGCCUCUUCCGCAACCUCCGAAAUGUUGUCGUUCUCCCCUCUGUCGGCGAGCGGUCCCUUGCCUCCUGCCUCGCGGGCGGAGACGUCGAUGGCGAUGAAUUUCUGGUGAUUAAAGACCCGACGUUGCUCCCGACGACCAAUGCGGACCCCGCGUCAUACGAUGCCGGAGACCCUAGGGAUAUUGGGCGCCCUAGCACUAUCGACGAUAUUUGCAAUUUCCUCCUGGAGUACAUGCAGUCCGAUGUUAUGGGAUUGGUAGCGGACCAGCACCUCAAGAUCGCUGAUUGCAUGGUCCUGGCACGGCUUUGCAGCCAGGCGGUCGACUACCCCAAGAACGGCGUUCCUGUGAACCUCGAGAGUAUGCCCGAGCCCCUUAUACGCGCGAAGCCUGACUGGAAGAAGUCGGAGGACAACGACCCUCGUCCGUCGGACUACUACGAGUCCACGCGCGCGCUCGGCGCCCUCUUCCGCAACUUCGAGAUCAAGCCCCUACACGCCCCCGAGACCUCCUACCCUAACGGCCCGCCCGGCGCCCCCGUCCUCGAACCCCCACUCUCCGACUCAAUCUCGCGCGUCCUCCGCCCCGCCAUCCUGCGCCGCCUCGGUCAAGAGCUCAACACAGACGCAGACGUCGCCGCGCUCGAGCCGCUCUUCCAGCACUACGCGGAAGAACUGCGGUACAUCUGCCUGACGCACGCGCUCGCCGCGCGCGCAGACGUGCGCCUCGCGGAGGAGGAGGUCGCGAUCGGGACGAUCCUCGCGAAGUGCACGCAGGCGCGCUGGCGGCGCGAGCGCAUGCACCGCAUGCGCGUGCACGCGGGGCAGCUCGUGCGUAGCAUCCAGCGCGGAAGGCUGCGCGCGCCGACUGCGAAGGACGCGGGCGAGGAGGAGCUCGUAGGCGCGCUGCGGAGGGCGUGGCUCGCGUGGGACUAUGGGAUGCGCAAUAGGUCGGUGUUUGGGGCGCGUAGCUUUGGGCUGAUCGCGCUGGGCGUGGUGUGCGAGAUGUUGGAGAAGCUCGAGAAGCUGGAUAGGGACGACGACGGCCUGGAGGUGGACGCGGCUGGUGAGAACGACGAGGACGAGGAGGACAGGGACUGCUGAAAAGUUCGAAGGCGGGACGCCUGAGAAGGAUGCCUCGAUUGACCUGGAGCCCAGAGCAUCUCUUACACCCUCCGAGCUGCUGUAGUGCCGCCGAACUAUCUCGGACCAAGACUGCUGUGCC